CACCUCCCCCUAUCUUUCAAACGUCACUCCUUGGUUUCCUUAUAAAGACUCUCCAAGGAAGAAGUGAGCGUUGGAAAAAAAAGGAGGAAGAGAGAGGGAGAGUAGAAGAAGAGAAGAGAACCUCCCCUUUGCCUUUUCUCUUUUAUUUCUUCACUCCCAGUAUCUAUCUAAAAUGGCCGCCUCAGUCCAUAACCGGCAGUACAGCCAUCUGGAACGAGGUAUGACCGGCGUCGUCCACGGCUACCAAACCUCCCCCAACUCCCGGCCACGCUCGCCACUCCGGAGCUGCAACUUUCCUCCAAACACCGAACCUGGCUUUCCAAAAAAAGAGGUUCAAAUGGAAGACUCGUCAAGUGAAGAUGAAAGCGAAUCUGAUUGGUCAGACCAUCUUAGCAAGGUUAACAACGAGGUUGAACCAUCAAUCUUGGAUUCCCGUGAUCAAGGAACUGCCGACAGCUGGGUCGACCGUAACCCAUCAUUGAUUCGACUCACCGGUAAGCACCCAUUUAAUUGUGAGCCACCCUUGACACGGUUGAUGCACCAUGGGUUCAUCACUCCGGUCUCACUCCACUACGUUCGCAACCACGGCUCCGUUCCAAAGGCGACAUGGGAGGAUUGGUCCAUUGAAGUAACCGGUCUGGUCAAGCGUCCAACCCGGUUCACUAUGGACCAGCUCGUGAACGAAUUCUCAUUCACGGAAUUCCCGGUCACCCUUGUUUGCGCCGGAAACCGGCGAAAAGAGCAAAACAUGGUGAAGCGUACCAUCGGGUUUAACUGGGGUGCCGCCGGGGUUUCUACUACGGUGUGGCGCGGUGUACGGUUGAGAGAUGUCCUCAAGCGAUGCGGCAUUAAUAGCCGUCGAAUGGGAGCGAUGAACGUGUGUUUUCAAGGAGCUGAGGAUUUGCCUGGUGGUGGUGGGUCCAAGUAUGGUACUAGCAUCAAGAAGGAUAUUGCGAUGGAUCCAUCACGUGAUAUAAUAUUAGCGUAUAUGCAGAACGGACAGCUGUUAACACCCGACCAUGGGUUCCCGGUGCGGAUGAUUAUACCGGGAUUUAUAGGAGGCCGGAUGGUGAAAUGGUUGAAACGUAUAAUUGUCACCACCAAGGAGUCGGAGAACUACUAUCACUACAAGGAUAAUAGGGUCCUUCCGUCACACGUGGACGCCGAGCUUGCGAACGCCGAAGCUUGGUGGUACAAGCCCGAGUAUAUCAUCAACGAGUUGAACAUUAACUCGGUGAUAACAACGCCGUGUCACGAGGAGAUCUUGGCGAUUAACUCGUGUACAACUCAGAGUUCUUUUACUUUGAGGGGAUAUGCAUAUAGUGGUGGAGGGAGGAAAAUAACACGUGUCGAGGUUACAAUGGAUGGUGGAGACACAUGGAUGGUGUGCAACAUGGAUAUUCAGGAGAAACCCAACAAAUAUGGGAAGUAUUGGUGUUGGCUUUUCUGGUCCCUUGAAGUGGAGGUGCUGGACCUACUUGGUGCCAAAGAGAUUGCUGUAAGGGCUUGGGAUGAGGCCCUCAACACUCAACCUGAGAAACUCAUCUGGAAUGUCAUGGGAAUGAUGAACAACUGCUGGUUCAGAGUGAAGAUGAAGAUGUGCAAGCCACACAAGGGUGAAAUCGGUAUCAUGUUUGAGCACCCAACUCAACCAGCAAACCAACCGGGUGGGUGGAUGGCCAAACAAAAGCACCUUGAAACGUCUGAGAGUAACCCAGCCUUGAAGAAGAGCCUAUCCGCUCCUUCCAUGAACACCUCCUCCAAUCUGAUAUCCAUGUCCGAGGUGAAUAAGCACAACUCGGCCGAGUCACCUUGGAUUGUCGUUCAUGGCCAUGUCUACGACUGCACCCAAUUCCUCAAGGACCACCCCGGUGGCUCUGAUAGCAUCCUUAUCAACGCCGGCACCGAUUGUACCGAAGAGUUUGAUGCAAUCCACUCUGAAAAAGCAAAGAAAAUGCUCCAAGAUUAUCAUAUCGGAGAACUCAUUACCUCCGAUUUAGAGACUCCUCUCGCUCCAAUCAAAGAGAUAGAUGUAGAUAAAAACGUUGCUCUAAUACCAGGUAAGAAGAUCCAAUGCAAGAUCAUCUCCAAGAUAUCACUCACCCACGAUGUCCGUCUCUUCCGAUUCGCAUUACCAUCAGAAGAUCAAGUCCUUGGAUUGCCAGUAGGGAAGCACAUUUACAUUUGUGCUACAAUAGAAGACAAGCUAUGUAUGCGAGCAUAUACUCCAUCAAGCUCCAUUGACGAAGUGGGCUACUUUGAUCUCAUUAUCAAGGUCUACUUCAAGGAUAUAAACCCUCAAUUCCCCAGUGGAGGUUUAAUGUCACAAUUCUUGGACUCUCUUCCCUUAGGUGCAACCCUAGACAUUAAGGGUCCAUUGGGACACAUAGAGUAUAUUGGACGAGGCAACUUCACAGUCCAUGGAAAGCACAAGUUUGCAAAGAAGCUAGCAAUGAUUGCAGGUGGGACAGGAAUCACUCCUAUCUAUCAGGUUAUCCAAGCAAUCUUGAAGGACCCAGAAGAUGAAACAGAGAUGUAUGUGGUGUAUGCAAAUCGAACAGAAGAGGACAUCUUGUUGAGGGAUGAGUUGGAUUCAUGGGCAGAGAAGGAUGAAAGGUUGAAGGUAUGGUAUGUGGUGGGGAAGUCAGUUAGGGAAGGGUGGAAGUAUAGUGUUGGGAGAGUUACAGAGAGUAUUCUUAGAGAAAAUUUGCCACAAGGAUCCACUGAUACAUUGGCAUUGGCAUGUGGGCCAGCACCAAUGAUUCAGUUUGCAGUGACACCCAACUUGGAGAAGAUGAACUAUGAUGUUAAGAACUCAAUGCUUGUGUUUUGAAGUGAAGAGGGUUGCUAGGGUUCUGGUGGUGGUGUUGUAUACGGUAGAGCUUCAUAUAGUCUGUUCUAUCUUCUUUUUUUUUUUAUUAAGAAAAUAAAUAGAAAAGAGAUCUAAAAGUUAGGUUUUAUUUGUUAUAUUAGGAUGGGAGAGGGGGAAAGUUAAAAGAUAUAGAUGAGUUUGUAAAUUGAAAUGGAGAUUGGGCUGGGUAAUUAGAAUAUGUGGUAAUAUAUGUUAAAAAAGGUGUUUUGAGUACUGUAUUUGAAUCCUGAUCUUCGAUAUCUCUUUUGUUUCA